AUAUGUGUUCAAAUGAUAUCAAAAUACUGUUGAAAAAUGCAUUUUUCAAAAGAAUGGGGCUCAAACAAGGGUUAAAUGUGUUAUUUUAAUGUAUUAUUUCGCAUUAAUAAUGCUCUUGGAUCUUUUGAAAUCUAAAGAAGGGAAAAUUGCAGCAAAGUCCCAAAUUUUUAAAACAAUUACAGACUUUUUUCAAACCUUUGAUUUAUGGCAGACGUCACUCCUAACAUUUACAUACGUUGCAGUAAAAGUCCUUUUGGAUGGAAACCGUUCAAACGCCCGUCAGUUGAUCGCCCAAAUUAAAAAUUGACCAUUUUAACCAAAAUAGAGGAGGGUAAAAUCGUCCAAACACUUAAAAAACCUUUUUAUCUUCCUUUUUACUUGUUUUUUGAAUUUCUAGUGCACGACUAAUGGGAAGAAGAGAAGAAAGAUUUGCGACGAAAAGGAUAAUGAACUCGCCUGAAGUUGGAGAAGUCGAUGACAGAGAUGUCGAAUUUGUGUGCCAUCUAAGGGGAUCUCUACGGAAAUUGGUCUAUGGAGAGAACUCCGCCUAUUUCACGAUCCGCCUAAACCAUGGUGGGAUGAUUUUCAGUAAGAUGCGAAAUUACGUAUAUGAACAUGGUAAGAUCAACUAUCUUGACUACGUGGAUCCAUAUUUAUUCAACCGAUUUCUGUUAGACAAUGCAAUGAAGAUGCUGAGUUACAAAGAGCGAAUGAGAUACAUCUAUAGGCUUGAAAAGAAAAGAUUGUCAGAGGGGUCAUUUUGGUUAGUUACUGAUGCAGACUUCAUGAAUGUUGUAAAAUGGGUUGGUCCUACAAGAGUUGCAGAUAUGUACUUUUUGCCGAUACAUACCACAGUGUUGGAAUUACUGUGGGAUGAGAAUGUACCAACUGGAUGUAUAGUGAUUGAUAUAGAAAUUGGUGAGAUUUUGGAAAGUGUGUGUCAACAAUGAGGAUACGGAGGUUGGACAGAAAUCUGCAUUUGUAGUUGAGGUUUUCGAUGACAUGGUAGAGGGUGAUGAUUGUUACGUGGUUGAUGAAUUUGGAGAGGACUAGUUGCGUGAGUCAGAUGGUAUGAAUAGCAGUGGAGACAGUGUAAUGGACAAUGUAGACAUAGUGGAGGCACAGGUAGGUGCAAAUGAUCAGUCGGUGAAACAAAUAUGGGAGACGUCAACCUCUGAUAUACCAUGUUCAAUUGAAAAUGAAGCAUGAGUAGAAGUUGCAAAUGAUAAACCGGUUGGAUUUGCUGAACCAUCAACAAUUGGAAGUGCACCCGUUCACCCGUUGAUCAAUUAUACGCAUUUGAGGGUGCAUCAGGAGUGGAUGAUCAUGAAAACAUGCAAUUUGAGGAUGCAACAGGAUUGGAAGAUCCUGUUGACACACAGUUCGAGCAGCCCACGUUUGAGGGUGCAACAGGAUUGGAAGAUCUUAUAGCACACAAUUCGAGUAGCCCACGUUUGAGGGUGCAACAGGAUUGGAAGAUCUUGGAAAUGCACCUGUUAAACUCUCUGUUGAAGAAGCCAUUAAUGCUCAGAAUACUGGCAUUGGGUCUUCUGGUGAUGAAUCAGAGGUGGAAGAAGAGGAUAAUGAUAUUGGCCUGGAACAUUUCUCCGAUUUUGAAUACGAACAGGAGGAUAUGGAAGAGGACGACCAAGGUAAAGACACAUUUUUCAGAUCAAGUGAGGGAUUAGACUUCAGGCUGGGGAAUGUAGGCAAUGAGAGACCUAAUCAGCAAAAUGUAAACGUAAAUGCAGUAAACAGUAGUUCAGACUACGGGGACUCGGAUGACCUAAGAAGUAUGUCAAGUGGUGAUGAAGCGGGUGCCACAAGUAACAACAGGAGGGAAGUUUGGUUCAACCUUUCAACUGACAUGAAGGACCCUAAAUUCUAGAUUGGUUAGUCAACUGCAGAUUGGUUUACCUGUUUGGGGGGACUCAAACGUUUAUGCACAAUACCUUUGGGGCCCCUAAUGCUUAUUUUUAAAACGUUUGGGCCCCCAAAUUCUUAUUUAUCAUAGCUUUGGGGCCCCAGAUGCUUAGUUUUCGAAGGUUUUGGGCCCCAGAUGCUCAUAUUUCAAAGGUUUGGGGUCUCAGAUACUCAUUUGUCAUAUAUUUAGGUUCUUUUAUUCACAUAUACUAACAUGUUUGAAAUGUUCUACUGCACUAUACAGGUAUGAAGCUUGAGAACACACAAAUUUUGAGACCGGUUAUUGUACAAUACUCCGUGAAGAAUGCAAGAGAACUGCGAUAUGUGAAGAACGAACCACAUAGGAUAAGAGUAAAAUGUCAAGAGAAUUGUCCAUGGCAAUUGUAUGCCUACAAAUAGCAAGACAGCAGCUUAAGGAUCAACACGAUUUGGGGCAAACAUAGCUGUACGUUGGUCCGGCAAAACAGUAAGGUCCAUGUGGGUUUUUUGGCCAAGAAAUACCUACAUAAGUUCAGGUUGGAUCCGAAGUUAUCCAUGAACAGUUUCAUGGAAACAGUGAAGGAAGACUGUAUGUAUGAAAUAUCCAAUUAUCAGUUUUAUAGAAUAAGAGCAAAAUGUGCAGCAGUUGUGAUUGGACUUGUUGAGGGAAAUACAAGAUUCUUUGGGAUUGUGGGGAAGAGUUGAAGAAAACUAACUCUGGAAGUACUAUGCAGGUUGAGGGAACAGGAAGUGUAUUCAAGAAAAUGUAUGUAUGCUUGGGGCCAUGUAAAGAAGGUUUCAAGGCUAGUUGUAGGCCUGUGAUAGGACUUGAUGGGUGUUUUUUGAAAACUACACAUGGGGGUCAAUUAUUGGCAGCAGUGGGAAUUGACGGUGAGAAUUGUAUGUUCCUAGUUGCUUGGGCAGUCGUGGAUGCAAAGAAUAGAGCCAACUGUACUUGGUUUAUAGAACUUUUGGUGGUGGAUAUAGAAAUGUAUAAUAGUAGGGCUUGGACUUUCAUAUCUGAGAAGCAGAAGGAUUGAUUGAAGCCGUAAAUCAGUGUUGUGAAGGUGCAGAACACAGGUGCUGCGCCAGACAUUUGUACAGCAAUUUCACUCUCAAAUAUAAAGGGCUAACUCUGAAGAAUUUGUUCUGGGCUGCGGCUAGGUCUACAACUGUACCAAAGUAGAAUGUAGUUAUGAAUGAGAUGAAGACGGUGAAUGAAGAAGCCUUCUCUUGGUUCAAGGAAAAGCCUGCAGCUCAAUGGACGAGAUCUCAUUUCUAGGAGCAUACGAAGUGCGAUAUCUUGUUGAAUAACUUGUGCGAAGCUUUUAAUGCCUCCAUCGUUGUAGUUAGGGAAAAGCCUAUAAUCACAAUGUUGAAUAAGAUAAUGCAUCAACAAAUGACACAGAUGGCUGCAAAGAGGAAGGCAGCUCAAAGGUGGGAUCGUGCAGAUGGUCCAAAAAUUGUAGGGAUAAUUGAGAAGGCUAAAUCAGACGCCAGGUUUAUAAGGGCGGAUUAUGCAGGUAAUCAAAAUUUUGAAGUUUGCAACACAGAUGGUUUGAGGUGGAGUGUGGAUUUGGUGACAAAAGAAUGUGCAUGUAGGAAAUGGCAACUGAGUGGAAUUCCCUGUGCACAUGUCGUUUCUGGCAUGUUGUCAAAGAGAAUAGACAUAGAUGAAUUUGUAAAUGGAUGUUACAAGGAGAGAUAUCUAAUGGCAUACAACCCUGUGAUUCAGCCAAUGUCAGGUUUUAAACUUUGGCCUGCAUUAGGGAAACACCCAUUGAAGCCACCAGUGAAGAAAAAGCAGACAGGCAGGCAUGCCUAAAAAGCUCAGAAAAAGAUCUUAGACCGAACCACCUGUUGGAGUUAAAAUGACCCGAAUAGGCAUGCAAAUGACGUGUAAAAGGUGUGGAGAAGCUGGACACAAUAAGAGAACAUGCACUGUACAGACACAGCCUACUAAUGCACCACAGUCACAGUCAUAGAAGUGAAAGGGAAAGAAGUACAAAGCAGUGUAAUCUAGAUGUAUUGGAUGUAGGAAUGUAAUUGAACUUUUUGGAAUGUAUUCUAAAAUUUGAUGUUGCGGGAAUGGUACCAUGACAAUAUAUGUGUUAAGUGUUAAAAUA